AUGGCGCCCUCUGAAGACGUUACCAUGGACGGCAAGAAUGAAGUCAAGAAACCCGUCGAGGAUGGCGAGAACAACAGCCUCCAGAACCAGGCGAACAUGAUCGGCGACGUGUCAAGAACUGGCACCUACCGCAAGGCUAUCCUUGGAAAUGCUGCUGCGGCUAUUCGCGACAAGGUCGUGCUGGACGUUGGAGCCGGUUCCGGUAUCCUGUCUUACAUGGCGGCUCAGGCCGGCGCGAAGGCUGUCGUUGCCCUCGAGGCGUCGAGCAUGGCGGAGAAAAUUCAGAUUCUCGUUGAUCAGGCCAACAAGGACGAGACCAACCCGCAUCUGCGCAACCGAGUCCGCGUGGUGAAGGGCAUGGUCGAGGACAAGAAGGUCCAGGAAGACGUGAUGAAGACGGGAAAGGUUGACACGAUCAUCUCUGAGCCCAUUGGCGUUAUGCUGCUUCACGAGCGGAUGGUGGAGACUUUCCUCCUCGCUCGCGACCUCUUCCUUAAGCCCGGCGGCAGCAUCCUGCCCUCGGCCGGUCACAUCUUCUUCUGCCCCUUCUCGGACGAGGGGCUGUUCAACGAGACUGAGCAGAAGUUCUUCAACCAGACCCUCUUCGGUACCGACUUCACCGCACUUUACGAGCCGGCUCGAACGGAGGUCUUCGCGCAGCCUGUUGUCGGAAUCUUCCCUCCGACCUCGCUGAUGUCGGCGCCAAUGGCCCCCAAGACGUUUGACUUCUACACCUGCAAGCUCGACGACCUGCUUGACUUUGAGAUCCCGAUUGAGUUCAUCGCGUCGCGGACUGCUGUCAUGCACGGGCUGGCAUCGUGGUUCGACCUCGACUUUGAGCCGAGCCCGCCGAACCAGCCGGCUGAUGAGACGGAGGAGGAGCUCGUGCGUCAGUGGGACUACCCGGUUGGACAGGCGUCUGCCAACUGGCUGUGGAUGCCGGGAGAGCUGCCGCUGAACCCGGGUCCGACGCCGGAACCGCCACGCAAGGGCCUGAAGGUCACGCUGUCGACGGGACCCAACGCAGGCGCGCUUGCUGCUUCCGGAGCCGCUGGCCGUGAACCGGAACGAAAAGGUCGUCGGCUCGAUCAAGUUUAA